AUGAAGAUAGUAAAGAUAGUUGGAGAAAGAAGAUAAGCGCUAAGGGAGCGCGCGCGAGGCAGGCUCGAGACGCGCGGGGCGACUAAUAUCAACAACUAGUAACUAAUCAUAAUUGGGAAUACCAGUGGGAUGAAACAGCAAUAUAUUGACAUGCCUUUCUAGCUCAUCCCGAGAUCGUUCAUUUUGGCAUUUCAAGACGCUCCUUUACGCUUCUUUGACUCACAAAUUGAUCACUCUGUACCCCUACAAAGUCUCGAAAGAUUUUUCUACGCUAAACACAAUUGGAUCGCGCUACUGGGAAAAAGUCAAAGACUUGCCAGAUCUUUAUGAACAAUGGAAGGAAGCGUGGGCAAGUGAAGCCGAAGCGCGUGAACACGAGCAGACCACUCGUCCCUUCAAGCGAUGGCGAAUCGAUCCUGCUGCCAUCACCAAACUGAGUCACAAGUACGAAAAGACGAUACAUGAACUGGUCCGUGACAAUUCAGCUCUUCUCGUUGGGCUCUCCUCAAUUCUCAUGAUCCUCCCGCUGACUUAGAUAGCUUGGCACUGCAUCAGGUUCAUCAGCAUGCUGACACCGACGGAUUCGACGUGUUAGUCAUCGUCGGCUCGAACAAGCUCGAGAAUAAAAAUGAUCGUUUCAUCGUUUCAACGCUUGGCGGCGCAGCUUUCAUGCGGCGCCAAAGCUGGGGUUCUCAAAAGAACGAUGUGCUCGUUAACUUCACGGAAUGCAUAAAUGGCACCCGGUUCAAUCAGGAGCGAGACGAGCAAUUCAAGAUGGAAGGUCUGUCAGACAAGCUUCAGAACGGACCUUGUGCUCGGCGAUAGAUUGGUGCUGAUUCCAAGAACUGAUGAGCAGCUCAUCAUGGUGAUGUUGACAAGGUGUCUCACCGAGUGCUCUGCACAUGGUAUCGCAUUAUCAUUGACGAUUACUAUAGUAAGCAAUCACUCCACCGCUCUGCGCCCACAUUUGGCAGCCCAUGACUGAAGUUUUGUGGCCGUGCAGAUCAAGCGCUCCGUCGUCGCCACAACAGAAACAAGUCUAUUCAGCCCUACGUGCCUUCCAAGCUUACGAGCUACAACCAGGAAACUCUUGCGAAGGAUCCAACCGCCCUUGUUAUCGAGCUCGGAAACGGUCUUCACGAGCGUGAUUUCCGCAGUCCUACCAAUUGCAAGAAGCCGACCGUUAACAAUUUGA